CCUCGCCCCGCCCCGUCAUUGUCCCCAUCCGCGUCUUUUCCCUUCCGUCCCCAAAGCUUUGAGAGCUGCUGGCUUCUCCUGGUGCUCCGAGUCUCUCCACCUUCGGUGGGUCAGACGAGCAGGAUGGAGGGCUGCCUGGGGGAAGAAUCUUUUCAGAUGUGGGAGCUCAAUCGGCGCCUGGAGGCCUACCUGGCCCGGGUCAAGGCGCUAGAGGAGCAGAAUGAGCUGCUCAGCGCGGAGCUCGGGGGUCUCCGGGCACAGGCCGGGGACGCCUCCUGGAGGGCUCGUGCCGACGACGAGCUGGCGGCCCUACGGGCCCUCGUCGACCAGCGCUGGCGGGAGAAGCACGCGGCCGAGGUGGCGCGCGACAACCUGGCAGAAGAGGUGGAGGGCGUGGCGAGUCGGUGCCAGCAGCUGCGGCUGGCCCGGGAGCGGACCGCGGAGGAGGUGGCCCGCAGCCGGCGUGCGGUCGAGGCCGAGAAAUGCGCCCAGACCUGGCUGAGCACCCAGGCUGCGGAGCUGGAGCGCGAGCUGGAGGCUCUGCGCGCGGCGCACGAGGAGGAGCGCGCCGGCCUGAACGCGCAGGCUGCCUGCGCCCCCCGCGGCCCCGCUCCGCCCCGGGGUCCCCCUGCGCCGGCCCCCGAGGUGGAGGAGCUGGCUCAGCGGCUGGGCGAGGCGUGGCGGGGGGCAGUGCGCGGCUACCAGGAACGCGUGGCGCACAUGGAGACCUCGCUGGGCCAGGCCCGCGAGCGGCUGGGCCACGCGCUGCAGGGCGCCCGCGAGGGUCGCCUGGAGCUGCAGCAACUCCAGGCAGAGCGCAGCGGCCUUCAGGAGCGCAGGGCCGCGCUGGAGCAGAGGCUGGAGGGCCGCUGGCAGGAGCGGCUGCGGACCGCUGAGCAGUUCCAGCUGGCCGUGGAGGCCCUGGAGCAGGAGAAACAAGGCCUCCAGAGCCAAAUUGCCCAAGUCCUGGAAGGUCGGCAGCAGCUGGCACACCUCAAGAUGUCCCUCAGCCUGGAGGUGGCCACAUACAGGACCCUCCUAGAAGCCGAGAACUCCCGGCUGCAGACGCCUGGAGGCGGUUCCAAGGCUUCCCUCGGCUUUCUGGACCCUAAGCUGGAGCUACAUUUCCCUGGGACCCCAGAGGGCCGGCGUCCGGGACCUCUGCUUUCUGUCCUGAGUCCGACUCCCCUCUCCUCACCUUUGCCCGGUACCCUUGAAACACCUGUGCCAACCUUUCUGAAGAGCCAGGAAUUCCUUCAGGCCCGCACCCCGACCUCAGCCAGCACCCCCAUCCCACCCACCCCUCAGGCUCCCUGCCCUGCUGUAGAUGCCGAGAUCAGAGCCCAGGAUGACCCUGUGUCCCUGCCCCAACCACGGGUUGGGAGGCAACAGGUGCCAGAAGUCAUGUGGGCUGAAGCCAAGGUGGCCAUCCCUGCCAGCGUCCUGCCAGGACCAGAGGAGCCUGGGGGCCAGCAACAAGAGCCCAGUCCAAGCCAAUCCCCUGAAGAUCAUGCCUCCCUGGCUCCAGCCCUCAGCCCUGACCACUCCAGUCUAGAGGCCAAAGGUGGAGAACCCAGUGGGUCUAGAGAGUCCAGCAGACCCCAGGAGGAAGAUGAAGGACAACUCUGGGGGCUGGCAGAGAAAGAAACAGUGGUAGAGGUUAAAGCAGUGAGCAGCUUGCAGCAGGAAACAUGGCAAGAAGAGGGGGAUCUGGACAUGAAAGAAAUCCAAGACUCCCAGGGUCCUUUGGAAAAAGAAACUCUGAAGCCUCUGGAAGAAGAGAUUCAAAAGCCAUCGAUUCCAUUGGAAAAGCAGAGCCAUGAGAUGAUAAGAUCUCUAGAGAAGGAGAAUCUGGAAUUGCUGAGGCCUUUGGAAGAAGAGAACUUAGAAACACUAAAAAUACUAGAGAAAGAGAAUCAAGAAUUAUUGAAGUCUUUGGAAGGAAAGGAGAUGGAGAUAGUGAGAUCUCUAGAAAAAGAGACUCUAGAAUUACUUAAGCCAAUAGGAAAAGAGGAUCCACAGACAUUGCCAUCUCUAGAACAGGAGAAUCAAGAAAUAACGAGGUCUCUUGAAGUUAAUGUAGAGACAUUUUUAUAUCCAGGAAAGGAAAAUCAAGAGUUAGUGAGGUCUCUAGAAGAGGAGAACAUUGAGUCAUUGAUAACUCUAGAAAAGGAGAGUCAAGAGCCACUGAGAUGUCAAGAAGUAGAGAACCAGGAAACACUGAGACUCCUAGCCAAAGAGAGUCAAGAGCCAUUGAGGUCUCUAGAAGACCAGGAGGCAUCAAGACCUCUAGGAAAAGAGAAUCAUGAGGCCCUGAGGGCUGCAGAAGAUGAGAAUCAUGAGGCUCUGAGACCUCUAGAAAAAGAAAACCAGGAGCCGCUGAGAUCUUUAGAAGAAGACCAGGAGGCAGUGAGACCUUCAGAAAAAGAAAACCAGGAGCCGCUGAGGUCUCUAGAAACAGAAAACCAGGAGUCACUGAGGUCUCUAGAAGAAGACCAGGAGGAAAUAAGAGCUCUAGAAGAAGACCAGGAAGCAGUGAGACCUUCAGAAAAAGAAAACCAGGAGCCGCUGAGGUCUCUAGAAACGGAAAACCAGGAGUCACUGAGGUCUCUAGAAGAAGACCGGGAGGAAAUAAGAGCUCUAGAGGAAGACCAGGAGACAGGGAGACCUCUAGAAAAAGAAAAACAGGAAUCACUAAGGUCUCUAGAAGACCAGGAGGCAAUGAGACCUCUAGAAGAAGAAAACCAGGAGCCGCUGAGGUCUCUAGAGAAAGAAAAAGAGGAGUCACUGAGGUCUCUAGAAGACCAGGAGGCAAUGAGACCUCUAGAAGAAGAAAACCAAGAGCCACUGAGGUCUCUAGAAAAAGAAAAACAGGAGGCAAUGAGACCUCUAGAAGAAGACAAACAGGAAUUACUGAGAUCUCUAGAAGACCAGGAGGCAAUGAGAUCUCUAGAUGAAGAAGGCCAGAUGACAUUGAGCCCUCUAGAAAAAGUGAAACCAGAGACACUAAAGUCUCUUGGAAAAGAUCAGGAGAUAGUUAUACCUCUUGAAAAAGAGAAUCAAGAGUUAUUAAGGUCCCUAAAUGAAGAGAGUAUAGAGGCAGUGAGGUCUUUAGAAACAGAGACUCCAGAACCACUAAAGCCUACCGAAGAGAAAAACCUGGAAAUACUGAAACCUCUAGAAGAGGAAAGUCAAGAGCCACUGGAGUCUGUGGAAGGGAACCACGAGACACUGAGACCCCCAGAUAAGGAGAAUCAAGAGUCACUGGGCUCUCUGGCAGAGUGGAACGUAGAGAAUUUGCAAUCUCUAGAGGAGGCUGAUGAGGGAAGUCUAAGGCACUUGGAAGAGGAAGAGAACGUGGAGAAGGAAGAGAGUCAAGCGUCACUGAGGCCCCUGGAGGAGCAGGGACAGGAGCUGCCGCUCUCUGCACAUCAGCAGAAGUGGGACGAUAUAACACAGGGGGACCAAGAACUGGAUCAGGACAGGCCCCCUGGGAGGGCUGGGGUGGACAGUGAGGAUGGGGCAGAGCUGGAACUGAAAGAACAGGCUGGCUUCCCUGCGAAGGGGGAGGUGGUGGAGCAGGGGGAGCUGCAUCUGACAGCCACAGGUGAGGCCUGGGGCGUGGGUGAGGGGCAGCCAGGCAGCCCCGAGCCCAAAGAGCAGAGGCUCCCAGCUGAGGGAGCAGGUGGGGCAGGAGGCGCUGAGGGCCUCCAGGGCCCUGAGGAGCAGCCAGAGCAGGUGGGGGCCCUGGGCCUCCCGGCUGCCCAGGGCAUGUCAGAGGUGAUGGAGCCCGUGUUGGAAGAUGAGGAUGUGGCCCCAGGGGAUGGCCGAGCCUCCCCAGAGGUCCCCCUGGAGUUAGAGACGGCCAUGGGCAGGUCUGCGGGAGUGGAGCGGGGACCCGAGCAGGAGGUAGUAGGGCUGGAGCACCCAGGUGGCCUGGCCAGAGAGGAGGUGAUGGAGCCACCCCUGGGGGAGGGAGGUGUGGAGGCAAAGAAGGUACAGGGCGUGGAAGGGCCCAGAAAGAAGCUGGAGGAGGCAGGCACUCUGGAGCCAGAGGUCUCCACACUGCCCAGGAAGAGCAGAGACCCGCUGGAGACUCCUAGGGACUGGGAGGAGUCAGAAUCUGGGGCCCCUGGGAAAACAGAGGAGACAGUCUCAGCUGAGACCUUAUGCCACGAGGGAAGUGAUACCCCUCAGCCCAGGCCCCUGGGGUCAGAGGGAGCAGAGGAGGAUGCCAAACAGCUGCUGGGGCCCCCCAGUCUGAGGCCCACCGAGUCCUGCUUGCCCACCCUAAUCCCUGAAGAUGCCGCUGGGCCCCAGCCCCUGGCUGAGGGGAACCAAGAGGCCAGCUGGGGGCUGGAGGGCAGGGCUGAGGUCCUGGGAAAGGCGGACGGUGAGCAGGAGGAUCUGAGCUCUGGGGGGAUCCCAGAGGGCCUCCAGGAGGAAGGGGAGGAGAGCAGAGAAGAGAGUGAGGCGGAUGAGCUAGGGGAGACCCUUCCUGACUCCACUCCCCUAGGCCUCUACCUCAGAUCCCCCGCUUCCCCCAAGUGGGACCUGCCUGGAGAGCAGAGGCCCUCCCCUCAAGGGGAGCCCGGAAAGGAAGGCUGGGGUCCUGAAGUCCCAGCCUCCAAGGGCCUUGGGGCCCACCCCUCAGAGGAGGAAGAAGAGGAGGGAGAUGAGGAGGAGGAACGUGGCCAUGACUCUGAGCUGUCGGAAGAAUUUGAGGACCUGGGGACUGAGGCUUCUCUCCUUCCUGGGGUCCCCGGGGAGGGGGAAGAACCUCUGAGCCAAGUGCCCCAGCUGCUCCUGGAGCCUGCAGCCUGGGAUCGUGAUGGUGAAUCUGAUGGAUUUGCAGAUGAGGAAGAGAGUGGGGAGGAGGGAGAGGAAGAAGACGAAGAAGAGGGGAGGGAGCCAGGGGCAGGACUCGGGGGGCCAGUGCCCUCCGUGGGCAGCCUCCCCGCCCCGAGCAGCCCUCAGGGAGGGAACCUCCUGGGGUCUGAGUCCGGGGAUGUCAGUGUCCCCUGGGACGAUGGCCCGAGGCCCACGGCACCUGACGCCCCCAUGACUGCCCCGGAGACUGAGUCCCAGAACAUCACUGAGGCCUCAGGCUCAGAGGAGGAGUCUGAUGCUGCCCCCCUGGAGAGGGAGGACCAAGUCCCUGGUCCUCUGGGGACCCUCAGUGGGGUGGAGGACACCCCUGAUGUCGGUGGCCCAGGUCCCAGCCUGAAGGAAGAGUUGGAGCACGUGAAUGGGGGCGUGGUGAACGGGCUGGAGCAGUCCGAGGGGAUAGGCCAGGGGGCGGCUGAGGGGGACCGAGGGAGCCCCUUGGAGGAGGAGGGGGGUUCCCUGAAGGCCCCUUGGGCAGGGGCUCCUCUUCACCUGGGCCAAGGCCAAUUCCUGAAGUUCAGUCAGAGAGAAGGUGAUGGAGACUCCUGGUCCUCCGGGGAGGACUAGAGAAAGCACUCCUACACAGAGGCAUUGGGCGGAGGGGUGUCCCCCGGCCCCCUGCCUUCUCGGGGCAGCACCCUUCACCUAUGCUCUCCUGACCUGAGGUUUCUGUCCCAGAGGCCUGGCUGGCCAAGGUGAAACGGGUGUGGCAAAGGGACCCGGUCCAAGAGUGGAGACUCCGGGAAUAGCUCCCAGCCCUUGGCCUCCGCAUCGCGGGGACAGCCUGCCUGCACUGUCCCGUGAGGCUGAAGCCAGCUGAAUCCCUGUAGGACCAGUCCCCCGUUUUCACUGCAGCUCCUUCCUCCCCACCCCAGGACCUGGAGAAGGCCAGGGCCCAGUGGCCCCUCCAAAGGGAGGGGCUGGGGUGGUCCGCGUGCCAGGGCUUACCAGCUCUGCCCUUCCUCCCGCACCCUCAUGAGAUGGUGGGCCGGUGGCUGAUGAGGGUGAGGGGGUGCUCCUGUGUCCUGAUCCCCACAUAGACCUGCCAUGUUGUGGCCCCAUCUGGCUCAUCCCUGCCUGAAUAAAGUAAUGCCUCCGCCUACAAA